GACAGACUUGAAGAGAGGUGAAGAUGGCCGACUGAAGUUCAGCAGGACAGAAAAACAACAUUUAACAGCCGACUGAACAAAAGGAGAAGAAAUGAGAUUUAAAUGAAAGAAAAUAAAACUUCUGGACAGAAACUCUCAUCGUUACACUCAGAGCUCCUCUCCUCCUCUUCCUCCUCCUCAUCAUGCCUACCAUCCACCCACAUCUAAAUUCCUCUCAUCCAUUACCUCAUGCAUCAGGAUCUCAUCCUACUGCUCACCCCACCUCUGCCCACACUAACACCACCGCCAACCCGGUCGCCGUCGCCGCAGUCCACUUCUUCAACGACCUGCUGGACAAGAUCCCCUUGCCUCGAUGGGCGAUUUACACCAUCUUUGUGGCCGGUGCUCUGCUGAUUCUGCUCUGCUGUCUGUGUAUCUGCUGCAAGUGCUGCUGCAAAGGAAAGAAGAAGAAGCAGAACAAGAAGAAUGAGAAGAUCAAUCUGGAUGGAGUGAACGGAAAAACCACCACAGCUCUGGUUCAGCCAGGUGUGGGGGACGUGGACUAUGGAUCGGCCAAACAGCAAAGGGGACAGCUGCUCUACUCUCUGGAAUACAACGGCGCUCAGUCUGAGCUCACUGUGGGGAUCAAACAAGCCAAAAGUCUGAAGGCCAUGGACCUGGGAGGAAGCUCGGACCCGUACGUCAAAGUCUACAUCUGCCCAGACAAAAACAAAACCUGCGAGACCAAAGUGUUCAAACACACGCUUAGCCCCGUGUUCAACGAACAAUUCAACUUCACGAUAUCGAAGUCUUCCCUCCAAAAGUCGACGUUGGUGAUGCAGGUGUAUGACUUCAACAGAUUCUCCAAACACAACAUCAUCGGUGAGCUGAGGCUGCAGCUCUGCGACGUCGACUGGAACCACGUUAUCGAGGAGUGGCAGGACCUCGCAGAGCCCGCCAAGUUUGAGGAUGAAAACCUGGGGGAGAUCUGCUUCUCCCUGCGUUACGUUCCCACUGCCGGCAAACUGACUGUGGUGAUCCUGGAGGCCAAAGACCUGAAGAGCAUGGACAUCGGAGGAAGCUCAGAUCCUUAUGUGAAGGUGCAGUUGGCUCUGGACAAGAGAAAGUGGAAGAAAAGGAAGACGUCUGUUAAAAAGAAGACGUUGAACCCUUAUUUCAACGAGUCCUUCACCUUCGACGUGUCGUUUGAACAAAUCCAGAAGGUGAACCUGGUGAUCUCUGUGUGGGACCACGACACCAUGACGCGGAACGACGCCAUAGGGAAGAUCUUCCUGGGCUGCAACGCGUCGGGGAACCAGCUGAAGCACUGGGCCGACAUGUUGUCCAACCCACGGCGGCCGAUCGCUCAGUGGCACAACCUGCUGUCGGCCGAGCAGGUCAACUCCGAACUGACCCUGAAAAAGAAGAUACCCCUCGUCAACAAAUUACCCUUCUGAGCGGUGGUCCUGUCAAACAUGGAAAUAUUUCAAAUACACCAGUACAAGGACAUUUAAAUAGGCCUACUGUGUAAAGAUCAUUUGUCAGAUGCUCUUCUGGGACAGAAAUUGUUAAAUUUAUCUGAUUACAUUUUAGAAUUAUAUUUUGGUAUUAAAUUUAAGUUAUGAAUCGUAUUUUGAUUUCUAACCUGAGGACUUUUUCUGUAUGAAUUGUUUCAUACAAAACAAAUUUAAUCCCACAAAUUUAUGAAAGUAAAGUUUGCUGUAAUACAUAUUAAACAUAUGUUAUCUCAUGUAAUCACA